AUGACAUCAAAAUCAUCAUCUCAAGAACCAAUUCAUAGCGGUCAUUUCAUGACAUCUAAUCCGCAUAGUGAUGAAUUACUACCUGAUGAGGAUGUUGUUGGAGUUGUUGUUGAGGACGAUGUUGUUGAGCAUAUGCAAGAUGAUGAGCAAAAGGUUCAAGAUUUACGCGAUUUGAAUGUUCAAGAUGAAAAGCCUGUUACUUUUUACAAAUUCGGUCCAAAAAGGACGCAGUCUAUAGCGAUCGAUGUAUCUUUGAAUAAAUUGAACAAAUGCAUCAAAGUGGCUUAUAAUAAAAUGACGACACCAAAAUGGAAAGAUUUCAAAGGAUUACGAUUACAUUGGAAACAACGAAUACGUUUAAACAAUGUUAUCUGGAGAGCUUAUUAUAUGGAAUUUCGACGACCUGAUAAGGGUAAAUCAAAGAGAACAUCAUAUUGUUAUUUCACUGUACCAGACGAUGAUACCACACAUGUUAAAUUCACGGGUACCGUUGUGGAAGGAAUGUAUUGGAAGAGAAGUAUAGAUGCGUUGAAAGCUCAAUAUAAACGAUGGCGUCAUUUGAAAACGCGAAAAAGAGGAGUAUGCAGGGGUAUCAGUUGGAAUCACGAAAUCAGUUUCGUCCCACAAUUAGCUGUACAAAAUCCAAUGCCGAAAAACUCGUCUGCCGAGCACCCAGAUGCAGAUGAUUUAGAUAAUGAAUUCACUGAUACGCUUUUUGCCAAUCUUAUGCAGCCAUAUACAUUUCCAAAUCCAAAAGAAAUAACGCAAGGAUGUAAUGCUGAUGUGAUGCAACCCGGAUUGUUAUCAUUACAGCCAAGCAUCGAAGAAAUAAUGGCGUCUCUUGAUCCACCAGAGCAAUUGCUGGAUGAAAUUGGAAACUAUAAUGCGUCAAAUGUUUCAACUCCUUCUCCAUGUGCACCGAAGGAAUAUGAAACAACUUUCGGUAGCUUUAUGAAUCCGACUCAGCAACCAACAAGACAAUCAUCCAGUAUAUCGUCGCAAAUUCUUCUUGCUAAUUCGCCUGCGCCAACAUAUUCACAGGCAGAAUACGAUCAUAUACCUUUGAUUGCAACAAUGCCUUACACAACUGAUUCAUCCACUUUGGAUUAUGUACCACAAUUCCUCACAACCAGUAUGCAAUUCCCUUCAUCAGUUCUACCGAAUAGGACAUGGUGGAUAAACUUUCCAUCUACCCCUACUCCAUCCUUGCUGAGUAGCCCCUCAACUCCAUCCGUUGUGCACAGUCCAUCUAGUUCGAAUACCGCUGUGGUAUCAUCUCUACCAGUCAACAGCUCGACAACUGUUUCGUCAUCGUCAUUACCGACAGUUGAAACUCAUCUCAUCAAUACGUCACAUAAAGAUUCGUUAAAGCAGUUAACACCUACCACAAAUGCCGGCCUAAAUUCAGUUCUGGCAUCACAACCUAUUUUUCCUCAAAAAGAUAGUGGAAUAUUGCCGAAGGUGUCUGCAGCAUCGUCACCUGAAGAAAGUGCUACUCUCCCUUCUGGUACAACAUCGAUUAAACAGGAACAUGAGAAGAGUGAGCGAGUUCAUCGUGCUCCAAAACGUGGCUGUAGGAGUGUGGCAGCAGAUAGUACGAUUGAACCGGUGGAAAGGAAACGCAUCCUGCAUUUAAAUGCUGAGCAAAAUAGACGUUGUGCUUUAAAAGAUGGGUUUGAACAACUGUUGAAUUCUUUGCCAAAUUUAUACGGCUGUGGUACAAAGCCAACAAAUGCCAUUGUUUUAACACGUGCAGCUGAACGUAUACGACAAUUGAAGGCUGAAAUUUCGCUUGAUGAAGAAAAAACAAGACAAUUGAAACAAAACAUACAACGAUUAAAUGACAAAAUUGCGUCGCUCCAAGCUUCUUUGCCGUCUACAUCGCGAACGGCAACAAGCACGAUUAGUCAGAAAGCUGAAAUGGAACAGUUUCUGGAACGGUAUACAAAAGAAAGAACGCGUCAAGACUAUCGUUUUUGGGUUAUGGCAAAAAUGAUACAACCAUUGAUGGAGACAUUGAUCGAAAGACUUAGUCAACUACCGUCAAAUAGAGCCUUAGCAGAAACGAGUGAUUGGUUGCAGGCAAAUUUUCAGCCAGCCACUGUAAGACCGAGUGCUUCCUCAAUGUUAGUAUAUUUGGCAACACAUGCUGGUAUGUUGAACAAUCCAAAUGCGUUGCAAGAAUACAUUCAAAGAGAAUUGUCUCAACAGUAA